GAGAUGGUGGCGCGAGCCGGCGUCCUGCUACGCGCGCUGCCGCUGCUGCUGUGGGGCGGCCUGCACGCCGAGCCCGCGGAGCGCACAGGCCAGGAGCUGCGCAAGGAGGUGGAGGCAUUCCUGGAGAAGUAUGGAUACCUCAAUGAACAGGUCCCCAAAGCUCCCACCUCCACUCAAUUCAGCAAUGCCAUCAGAGAGUUCCAGUGGGUGUCCCAGCUGCCCGUCAGUGGCCUGCUGGACCGUGCCACCCUGCGCCAGAUGACUCGACCCCGCUGCGGGGUUGCAGAUACUGACAGUCAUGCAGCUUGGACCGAGAGAAUCGGUGCCCUGUUUGCUGGACGCAGGACUAAAAUGAGGCGGAAAAAACGCUUCGCAAAGCAAGGCAACAAAUGGUACAAGCAACACCUCUCCUACCGCCUGGUGAACUGGCCUGAGCACCUGCCCGAGCCUGCAGUUCGGGGAGCCGUGCGUGCCGCCUUCCAGUUGUGGAGCAACGUCUCGGCACUGGAGUUCUGGGAGGCCCCGGCCACGGGCCCCGCUGACAUCCGACUCACCUUCUUCCAGGGGGACCACAACGACGGGCUGGGCAACGCCUUCGAUGGCCCAGGGGGCGCCCUGGCGCACGCCUUCCUGCCCCGUCGCGGCGAAGCGCACUUCGACCAAGACGAGCGCUGGUCCCUGAGCGGCCGCCGCGGGCGCAACCUGUUCGUGGUGCUGGCGCACGAGAUCGGCCACACGCUCGGCCUCACCCACUCGCCGGCGCCGCGCGCGCUCAUGGCGCCCUACUACAAAAAGCUGGGCCGCGACGCGCUACUCAGCUGGGACGACGUGCUGGCCGUGCAGAGCCUGUAUGGGAAGCCCCUAGGGGGCUCAAUGGCCAUCCAGCUCCCAGGAAAGCUGUUCACUGACUUUGAGGCCUGGGACCCCCAAAGUCCCCAGGGCAGGCGCCCUGAAACCCGAGGUUCCAAAUACUGCCACUCUUCCUUCGAUGCCAUCACUGUAGAUGGGCAACAGCGACUGUACAUUUUUAAAGGGAGCCACUUCUGGGAGGUGGCAGCUGAUGGCAAUGUCUCAGAGCCACACCCACUACAGGAAAGGUGGGCCGGGCUGCCCCCCAACAUUGAGGCCGCCGCAGUGUCACUGGAGGAUGGAGACUUCUACUUCUUCAAAGGGAGUCGAUGCUGGAGGUUCCAGGGCCCCAAGCCAGUGUGGGGUUCCCCACAGUUGUGCCGGGCAGGGGGCCUGCCCCGCCAUCCCGAUGCGGCCCUUUUCUUCCCUCCUCUACGCCGCCUCGUCCUCUUCAAGGGAGCCCGCUACUACAUGCUGGCCCAAGGGGGACUACAGGUAGAACCCUACUAUCCCCGUGGCCUGCAGGACUGGGGUGGUGUCCCUGAGGAGGUCAGCGGUGCCCUGCCAAGGCCUGACGGCUCCAUCAUCUUCUUCAGAGAUGACCGCUACUGGCACCUCGACCAGGCCAAACUGCAGGUGACUUCCUCGGGCCAGUGGGCCACUGAGCUGCCCUGGAUGGGCUGCUGGCAUGCCAAUUCAGGGGGCGCCCUGUUCUGAAGGCACCUAACCACCUCACCGCCUAAUGAAAUGUUGGUGCCCUCAGUUUUCCCUGCCCUGGGGCAGGACCUGUCUUGGAAGCCUCUGAGCCUCCCUGCAGAAGAGCAGGCAGCAGCGCCCCCACCAGGAAGUUUGCCUGAAUUUGCUCCCUGAAGAAGGUGGCACUGUCUUUGUGUUGUCCCUACCACAUGGAGGUAGGGAUGGGAUCAAUCCAAGGAGAAGCACGAAAGGAUCCCAGAUUCCACGACCCUUUCCCCCAAGGACCUCUUUCCUCCCCAAGCCUUGGGGAUUUUGUUUUUUCUGACGGUGCACUUUCAUCCAUAAGGCCACAGCCCUGCGAUCCACCAGGGAGGAUACAAUACUCAACGGAGAGGUUGGAGACUAUUUUGUAAGACUGUCCCUUCCCCUGGCUCAGUUCUUGGAAAAUUAUGUCUUAUUUAAUCAGAGGCCUCACUCCCAGGACGCUUCACCCCCAGGAUGCUUGGAUAAGGGUGAAGGCACAGGGGUCUCCAACCUCAGAGCCCCUUUGGGGGGACAGGACAUAGCAGGAGGGACACUGUGCAGGCCUGCUGGGUCCUGGCUUAUUGUCUGGGGCUGGAAUAAAGAGAUGCCUCCACCUAGUGGGCCUAGAGGUGGGACACAGCCUU